UAUUAUUCUCACUACUACUAUUUCAUCUAUUUCGUGCGGGCUCUCGAUGUAUUAUCAAUUAAGAUCCUUUUAACAAGGUGAUAUAUUGAAACUGCCAAACACAACACAACAGCUCAAAGUGGAUUUCUCUCUUGCUUUCUAGCUUUAGGACCAUCACUUGUUGGAAGACUCAUUGCUUUCUGUUUGCUUUUCUUUUUCUUUUCCUCUCUCCACUUUUCUCUCACCCUUUGCUCAAAUGGAUUCUUCUCAGUGGCCACAGGGUGGUGUGGAGGGUAAUAGUCCAAAGAAGACAAGGACAGAAAAGGAAAAAGCGGCAUUGAAUUGUCCAAGAUGUAGUUCCCCCAACACCAAGUUCUGUUACUACAACAAUUAUAGCUUGUCCCAGCCCAGGUACUUUUGUAAGACGUGUAGGCGCUAUUGGACCGCAGGUGGUUCUCUGAGGAAUGUUCCGGUCGGCGGCGGUUCAAGAAAGCACUGCCGUAGAUCCUCUUUUUCAUCUCCCUCCCUCUCUUCUAACAAGAUUCUCACUUCCAGCUCCACUACUGCCAAGAUGAAUUACCUAGCUUAUGAUCCGCCGCCGCCCGUCUCUGUCACCGGCGGCGGCAGCAAUAAUAACACUUUCAGCGGCGUUUCUGGGCUUGUGAAUCAGAAUCAGAAUCAGAAUCAUCAGCAGAAGAAUGGGUUUUUUUCUUCUUUCAUGGGCAUGUUGCCGCCUCCAGCAGCUGACCAUAUGUUAUUUCCGCUGCCGGCUGGGGUUCAUUCAAACGACGGCGGCAGCGGUUUUAACUUUUGUUUGGAUGGGUUUUAUGGAAAUUUACUGCAAGGGUCUGGGGGCGCUUCAGGUAAUGCCAGGCUCUUCUUCCAUGAUGCCGAUGUGAAGCCUGCAGUUUCUGCAGCGGAGAUUGACAAUGAUCGUCUGUUUGGUCAGCGCCGGCCGCCGGAAGAGGACGCCGCCGCUGGCGGUGCCGGAGUUGGUGGUGAUGCGGGAAAUAAUGGGUAUUGGAAUAAUAAUAAUAAUAACAAUAACAAUAAUCAUAAUUAUGGGAUGCGAGGUGGAGGAUCAUGGUGUGAUUAGUUAAUUAUUAAUGAAUAAUUAAUUAAAUAUAGGUGGUGCUUAUUUGGUGUGGGGCUUUUGUUCAUUUCAUCAUUUUGUUGCAAAUUUUUCUUGUUCAUGUUACGUUUGGUGAUCAAAAGUUGGUUUUUAAGUGUAUUGAUCAAUCAAGUAAGAGAGUAAUUAACAGAUUGGGGCCGGUUUGGACGUAGUGUUUUUUUUAAUAUUUCAAAGGGAGAUUUGUAAUUUUAGUUCUGUAACUUUCGGUUGUUAUCGUUUUUGGUCCUGUAACUUUAAGCACUAGCAAAGUUGGUCAUUUAACUAAUAAAUUUUUGUAAUUUAAGGAUUUUCCCACCGGAAAGUACACUUUCCGGCGGAAAAGUUCGACGACGGCGACAUCUUUUCCGGUAUGCUAUUGACGGAAAGUAUACUUUUCAGAGGAAAAGUCCUUAAAUCGCAAAUAUUAAUUAGUUAUAGGACCAAAUUUGCAAGUGACUAAAGUUACGGGACUAAAGUCCCAUAUUUCAAUUCCUAUCUCAUAGAGAUCAACAUUAUAUGGUGCUACAUAUAUUUUGGAGUUAUGCCCUAGUUAAUAGCCUAUUAUACAUGCUAUGCUUGAUUUGAAUUGGUUUUUUA